GUGUAGUAUAAGCCAAAACAGUAUUUGCAGCGAAGUCAGCGGGUGAGAAAGCGGUGGAGGGAUAGCAACAAUGGCGACUGAGCUUGAAGAACUCGUCACCUUCUUAUCUUCUCCAUCUCCACAGAUCACAAAGGUUGCUGUCGACAUAGUUCGCGGCUUAACCGGCUCCGAUGAAGGCUUACAUUCCUUAGCCAAUCAAGCAAAAGCUUUGAUUCCUGCGCUGUCCCGUCUCUUAACGGCACCCAAGGAGGUUUCUGAGGCUGCUGCUGAAGCUCUUGUGAAUCUUUCGCAAAAUUCGAACCUCGCAGGGGAGAUGGUUCAAAUGAGACUUGUUGAAACGACAAUGGAUGUUUUAUAUAAGCCUGAGUGCUGUGUUACUCGUUUACUUGUUAUGCUUUUGGUUAAUGUUACUCAACUUGAUGCUGGUAUUGCUUCCCUGCUUCAGACUGAAGAUGAGAAAGUGCGUGGAUUAUAUGUUAUGAAGCUUGUGAGAUCAUUUUGUAGAACCACCUAUGAGAAUGACGAUGACUCUUUUGAACAUGUUGGUUCCAUACUUGUUAACAUAACAAAGCAGCGGGAAGGGAGGGAGCUUCUACUCGACCCAAAACGGGGUCUCUUGAAGCAGAUAAUUAGACAGUUCGAUUCAAAUAGUUCAUUGAGAAAGAAAGGGGUUUCUGGAACUAUACGCAACUGUUGUUUUGAAGCUGAGAAUCAGCUACAAAAUUUGCUUUUGGUUUCUGAGUUUCUCUGGCCUGCAUUACUUCUUCCUGUAGCCGGCAACAAGAUCUACAGUGAGGAGGACAGAAUGAAAAUGCCACUUGAACUUGGGACUGCACUAUCAAUUGAACGUGAACCAGUUAAUGAUCCGGAAAUUCGCACUCAAGCAUUGGAAGCCAUAUACUUGAUCUUAUUGCAGGAGGCAGGUCGAAGAGCCUUUUGGUCUGUAAACGGGCCUAGAAUAGUACAAAUUGGUUAUGAAGACGAGGAAGAUCCGAAAGUGAUGGGAGCGUAUGAGCAACUGGGAUCCUUGUUGGUUCACGGCAGUGGCGUGGAGGAACCGGAACCGUCCACGGAGACCACAAAGUAGUUACUCUAUUUUUGUUCUUUGUACUCCACACAUAUCUCCAUAGCGAGUCUAAUUUGAGAAGGUCAUUCCAAGUCAAUUUUUCCAUUUUGAAUUUGGAAUCACCAUUUAUUUUUGAAAAUAUGUAUAUUACUUAACUUAGAAUAGCUUGUCAAAAUUGUUAUUUAUACACGCCUCAGCGUGAGUGGCAAAUGUUCUUGAAGAUGCACUUUCAGUUUCUGUA